AUGGGUGCGAGGCUGAUACAAAUAAACCUCCACCACUGCAAAGCAGCCACUGCGGCCUUACAAAAAUGCAUAGCCGACAACAAUAUUCAGAUAGCCCUGAUUCAGGAGCCUUAUACUUAUAGGGGCCAGAUAAGGGGACUAGGAAACCUCAACGGGAGACUAGUGUCAGACCCAAAAGAGGGACCUAACCUAAGAAGCUGUAUCUUUAUAAAAAAAGAUAUAGAGGCCACCCCGCUGUGGGAGUUUUGUGACAGGGACACAGCGGCGGUCAAAGUACAAAUCAAAACAGCGGAGAGGAGCUACGAUAUAAUAAUAGUAUCAGCAUACUUUCCGCACGAUCAACAAGGGGAACCACCUCCGACAACAGUUCGGAGGUUGAUAGACCAUCAAAGAUUGGAAAACCUUAUAAUAGGCUGUGACGCCAAUGCUCACCACACUAUCUGGGGAAGCACUGGAACAAACAAACGAGGCGAAUCAUUAUUAAAUUACUGUGCUGCCUUCGGUCUAAAUAUACUUAAUGUGGGGGAGGAACCGACCUUCGUCAACAUACUCCGCAGAGAAGUAAUUGAUCUAACCAUUGGCAAGGGACGCAUCUGCGACCUCGUUAAAAAAUGGCAUGUAUCUGACGAACCAGGUUUGUCGGAUCACAGGUACAUAAGAUUCGAUCUAGAAUCUAUGGAUACAAAUCCGGAGACCUACAGGAACGCCAGGAAAACGGACUGGGACCUCUGCAAUAAGAUACUAGGACGCGAACUGGAAAACUGUCCAACGGAGGCAAAAGACAAUGUAGAGCUCGAAGUGCUGACAGAGUCAGUCACUGAGGCUAUUAAAGUUGCUUUUGAAAACUCAUGUCCACUAAGCAAACCGCGUCAAGCAGGGAACACCUCAUGGUGGAACCAAGAAUUGGGCGAGCUAAGAAAGACAACUCCACAAGGCAAUAUCCAAAGGGCCACGACAAACCCUAGGCUCUUGUCUAAAACCCGAUGGAGAAUAUACGACAACCGAGGAAGAAACGCUUGGCUUAAUGCUGAACACGCACUUUCCGGGAUCGAAAAUUCUCCACCAACCAGAAAAUACCCAGAACCCAACUCCUAUCAUUCCGAACAGGGGCAAAAGGGAACACUGGGAACUAGCGAAAAAGGUAGUAACCUACGAGAAGGUUAA